UCCGGGCCCCCGGGCGGGGCGACAGGCACCGGGCCCCCAGGCGGGGUGACCGGCAUCGGGUCUCCAGGCGGGGCGACCGGCAUCGGGCCCCCAGGCGGGGCGACAGGCAUCGGGCCCCCAGGCGGGGCGACAGGCAUCGGGCCCCAGGCGGAGCGGCGGGCGCCGGACCCCCAGGCGGAGCGACAGGUCUCGGGCCCUCAGGCGGAGCGGCGGGCGCCGGACCCCCAGGUGGAGCGACAGGUCUCGGGCCCUCAGGCGGAGCGGCGGGCGCCGGACCCCCAGGUGGAGCGACAGGUCUCGGGCCCUCAGGCGGAGCGGCGGGCGCCGGACCCCCAGGCGGAGCGUCAGGUCUCGGGCCCUCAGGCGGAGCGGAGGGCGCCGGCCCCAGGCGGAGCGACAGGUCUCAGGCCCUCAGGCGGAGCGGCGGGCGCCGGACCCCCAGGCGAAGCGGUGGGCACCGAGUCACCAGGCACGACAGUGGGCUCCGAGUCAACUGGCAUGACCGCUGGCACUGGGUCAGACAUUGGAUCGUCUGACUGGACAGCGGGAAUCGGGUCACCAGGCAUCAAGUCAUUUGGCUCGACAGCGAGCACCGCGUCAUCUGGCAAGGCAGUGGGCUCCGAGUCAACUGGCAUGACCGCGGGCACUGGGGCAGACAUUGAAUCGUCUGGCUGGACAGCGGGCAUCGGGUCACCAGGCAUCAGGUCAUUUGGCUCGACAGCGGGCACCGCGUCAUCUGGCAAGGCAGUGGGCUCCGAGUCAACAGGCACGACAGUGGGCACC